AUGUCCCCCUCCCUCGUGGCCAGCAGGGCGGUGGCAGCCAAGGCGGCGCCUCCCAAGUUUGAGCUGCCGGCCCUCAACCUCAACUUUGGCAACAUCACCGACGGCACGAACAUACCUCCUCCUCUGGCCUCUCCGCUCCCGAGGGUUCCCACGCCGCCGCAAACACCGCCUGGCACCGGCAAGAAGGAGGUCGUGGCUCUCGUCGCGGACAAGACAGCAGCCGCCGACGGCCUCGACCAGUCCUUUGACUCAUGCCCAAGCGCCGCCAACUUUGUCGGCACCAAACGAUCGGCCGACGGCGCGCCCUUGAGCCCAGCCGGCUCCGGCCGGCAGGGUAGCCUCCGCAGAUUGUUCAGCAGGACCAUGCUGAACGCGAGCUACGCAGAGGGCCGCCUGUCGUCGCCCGGAAACGCUUCCCUGCCCAGCAUGGGCCGCCCGGAGAGCCGAGGUGCGGCCAGCGUCAUGGACGAUCGAAAGUCGAAGCGAAGCAGCGGUUGGUUUAGUCGGCUACGGGGCGGGGAGUUCAAGCGAUCGAGCGUCUUCUUUGACGACUCGUCCUCGAGCGUCUUCUCCCGGAAACCUUGCGGUCCACCACCGCCCAUGAUCCCGGAGCUGGCAGACCUUGAAAAGGAAAACGAGGGUCUGGGCGUCGACCUGUUCAAGAACAUCAAGUGA